AAGAAAACUCCUUGACACUACGAAGUUGCCCGAGUGUAGCUGCCACAUGCGCCCCACCUCGCGGAAUGAUGAUUCCAUGGUAACCGGGGUGGGUUCGCAGAUCACAACAGACGACGUUCGUUCGUUCAUUCGAAGAGACUGUGUAGUUCGAGAAAAGCGUGUUUUAUUAUUGCCGGUGUUUCUCGUUUUUUUUUGUGUAUUUGUAUAUUGUGUUCAAUUAUCUUUCAUUUGAUAAAAUAUUUUAAAAGCUAUCAGUGAAAUUUUUUAUGUAUAUGCAAACGAAGUGGAACGCAAACAAAAUAGUAGAAUAAUAUCUAUCCUACGGUCGUUGGAAAAGAGAAACUUCAUUGUCAAGUGUUGGGGUCGCAGUCGCGACCCAGACAUCAACCGAGGUGGCGUGGGGUACGGCAGUAAUGGAAUUGCAGAGCUGGCUGCUCUAUCAUCUUGUAGCCGUAACCGACUGCAAUCAAGUUACUUUUGCCUGAGUUUCGACUGUGCUCACAGAACACUUCUUUAUUUCAUUCAUAAUCCCGUUAUCGCCUAGAGGAAACAGCGGUCUACCAAUGUUUGAUGUAAUGCAGUCGGCGACUACAUUGAACGGGGGAUCUUAUCCCGCCGGAGGCACCGGAAGUCGUGCUCGUGAUUUAGGUCUCCGAGCACAAAAAAAACUUCUCGGUAGAGUCGUAUCUACAGGAGCCGGAAGAUCACUGUUGAUAGAUGAUGCUACUACAUCACUUCUCGAUAAUCUUUAUAAACUUAUGGAAAGAGCUGCAAAAACUAAUCCUAGUUUAGACAAGAAGCAGCCUGAAAAGGUUUUAAAGAAUAUUGUUAAAUUAUCCAUUAAAGUGGGUCUUCUACAGCGUAAUCAACAAUUAAACGUUACCGAUGAUGCAAAACUCGCCGAAAUAAGAACUGCCCUUAGAGCUGUAGCCAUGUCUGUGGUUUCAUUUUAUGAAUUAGAAUUCAGUUUCGAUAGGGCGUAUUUAAUAAAAUCAUUAGAACGAUGCAGAACUGCAAUACAAACAUUUAUAAAACCACAUCUUACAGAUAAAUCUCAAGAUCGAUGUGAUCAAGUGUUCGAUUUCUUAACGCAUUCCGAUUUUUUGGAUUCCGUUUUUAGGCAAGAUUCGGAACAUAGACCUAUCCUUGGAAUGCUAGUUAGUGAUAUAAAUAAGGCCUUAGAUGCUGGGCAUCUUUGAUUUUUUUUAAAACGCGACUGAAUUUUUGCAAUCAAUGGGGAGCAUGAACGAAAAUUAUACUUAUAUUUGCUAAAAGAUAAUUAAGGGAAGAUAAUAACUUUCCUCCCUAAUUAUUUUUUGAAAAAAAAAAAAAAAAAAAAAAGAAAGAAAAAAAAAUCAAAAAAAGAAAUCCAAUGUAUGUGUGAUAUCAAUUAUUUACAGUCGCCUGUAUAAUAAAAAAUAAUGAUAAAUAUGUUUUUGAUAUGAAAGGAUUUUGAAAUAUGAUGUUUUCCGUGAAAAUCGAUCGAUUUCACAGUAGUGCUCACCAAUUUAUGCAAUAAUUGUGAAAUACUCUAUUUAUUUUCAGAAUGUAUAUUGUUAUGAUCAGUAUAUUUAUUUACAAUACUUAUACGUUAGAAUACCAAUUGUCAAUCUAUACCAAAAAAAAAAAAGAAAUGAGCUUAUUUAUACCCAAAAAUGGGUUUAUAGUAAUUAUGGUAGAUUAUGUUAAUCUUAACAAAAUAGCGUAUCAAAAAAGCAAUUUGUCAUUACUGAGAAUGCACUAAAAAAUAUGUGCUCUAAAAUAUUCUUUUUAUUCGUCAAGCUAUACUCUGACAUAUCGACGAGUAAUUUAUGAAGAUAAAUUUUCUCCUGUUACUAUACGCCUCAAUACAUUUUCGACACGACAUAUCUAAUAUAGUGGCUAAGCCUCGAUAAUUGAAUUGAAAAAUAUUUACAUCACAUGUAUUACAAGUAUGUCGCAGUGUUGCGUGUUUUGUAUAAAUUAUACACUCUUUACACAUUAUUUGUGAUGAUUCUAAAUGAAAUAAAAAUCUUGUAUUGAUA